AUGCCUGGCAUAGCCCGAAAGACUAUGCCUAGUACUAAGGAGCAGCAGAAACGCCCAAAAGCUCUCCGGGAGGUCAGGAACUACCAGAAGACAUUUGACUUCCUGAUUCCGAAGCCCCUAUUCCAGCGACUCUGGAAGGAAAUCUGCGAUGACAUCGACCCCUCCAAGCGCCUGCGCUGGCAGGCGACUGCUAUUAGCGCUCUUCAAGAGUCUUCGGAGUCUCUUCUCUUUGGUGUUUUCGACAUGAUUAACUUUGCUGCGAUCCACACCAAUCGCGUCACCAUUAAGCCGAAGGAUCUGCAUCUCGUCCAGGCUAUCUUGAAGGCCGGCAGAGUCCACGGAGACAAGUGGUUCGACCCCGAGUCUGGGAAAUGCAGGCGAUUAAUUGAAGGCAUUCAGGGCGUUCGGAAGUUAGGAGUAACAAGGUAG